AUGGACCAGACCGACCUUGCUAACUCUCUGCAGACCAAACUGGCUCCUUCCUGUACUGAAAAGCUGAAAUCUACUCUAAAGGAAAUUGUUCAGAAAAUUAAUGAAGGAAUCUCAAAUGCUGGAACCUCAACCCUUCUGAAUGAGAUCUACACAGAUCUGUACAUCACAGAGGGAGGGAGUGGAGAGGUCAAUAAUGAACAUGAGGUCAGACAGAUUGAAGCAGCAUCCAGGAGACCAGCAACACAGGAGACACCCAUCAAAUGUAGCGACCUCUUUAAAGACCAGUCCAUCAGAACUGUGCUGACUAAAGGAGUUGCUGGAAUUGGAAAAACAGUCUCUGUGCAGAAGUUCAUUCUGGACUGGACUGAAGGAAAAGCCAAUCAGGAUGUUCUCUUCAUAUUUCCACUUCCUUUUAGAGAGCUGAAUCUGAUAAAAACUGAAAAACUGAGUCUGGUUGAUCUACUUCAUCAGUUUUUCAUAGACACAAAAGAAUUAAAACCAGGAGAGUAUCAUCAUUACAAAGUCAUGUUCAUCUUUGAUGGUCUGGAUGAAUGUCGACUUCCUCUAGAUUUCCAGAACAAUGAGAGAGUAUCUGAUGUAACACAGUCAGCCUCAGUGGAUGUGCUGCUGACAAACCUCAUCCAGGGGAACCUGCUUCCCUCUGCUCUCCUAUGGAUAACUACUCGACCAGCAGCAGCCAAUCAGAUCCCUCCUGACUGUAUUGAUCAGGUAACAGAGGUACGAGGGUUCAGUGACCCUCAGAAAGAGGAAUACUUCAGGAAAAGGAUCAGAGAUCAGAGCCUUGCUGAAAGAAUCAUUACACACAUGAAGUCCUCCAGAAGCCUCUACAUCAUGUGCCACAUCCCAGUCUUCUGCUGGAUCUCAGCCACUGUUCUAGACAGGAUGUUGGGUGAAGCAGAGGGAGGAGAGAUCCCCAAGACUCUGACUCAAAUGUUCACACAUUUCCUUAUCUUUCAGAUCAAACACCGCAGCCAGAAGUACCAAAGAAAAAGAGAUGUUGAUCUUGACCAGACUAGAGAGAUUAUUCUGGCUCUGGGAAAACUGGCUUUCCAACAGCUGGAGAAAGGAAACCUGAUCUUCUAUGAGGAAGAUCUGAGAGAGUGCAGCAUUGAUGUCAGAGAAGUGUCCAUGUACUCAGGAGUGUGCACCCAGAUCUUCAGACAGGAGUCUGAACUUCACCUGGGGAAGGUUUUCAGCUUUGUGCAUCUGAGUGUUCAGGAGUUUCUGGCUGCUUUAUAUGCGUUUCUGUCCUUCAUCUCCAACAACAGAAAUGUGCUGCAACAGAAACACAGUGGAUUUGGUUUCUCCAAAAAAGGAACAAUGUCUGAUUUCCUGAAGAGAGCCGUGUACGUGGCCUUACAGAGUGAGAACGGACACCUGGACCUUUUCCUCCGAUUCCUUCUGGGUCUCUCACUGGAGUCCAAUCAGACUCUCUUACGAGGUCUUCUGAUACAGACAGAGAACAUCUCUCACAGUAAAGAGGAAGUAGUGGAGUACAUCAAGCAGAAGAUCAGGGAGAAUCCCUCUCCAGAGAAAACUAUCAGUCUGUUCCACUGUCUGAAUGAACUGAAUGAUCAUUCUCUAGUGCAGGAAGUCCAGAAAUACCUGAACAGAGGACGUUCCAGUGAUCUGAGAGGAGUUAAGCUCUCUCCUGAUCAGUGGUCAGCUGUGGCGUUUGUGAUGCUGAAUUCAGAAGAGGAGCUGGAUGAGUUUGACCUGAGGAAAUUUGACACAUCAGAAGAAUGUUUUCUGAGGCUGCUGCCAGUGGUGAAAGUAUCCAGAAAGAUUAUGUGAGUAUUUUCAUUAUUCAGUGUUUAAUCUGUGCUGUUUUAUAUUUUGUAAUAUUGAUUAGUCUGUUUUUUUAUUGAUUAUUUGUUAAAAAACGAAACAAAUCAAUCAGGGGUGUGUUUCCCCAAAGUGAUCACUAUUAGUAAAUAACAAAUUAACUAGUGCAGAACCUGAGAGAAGAACAAGGCAGUUCUACAAGUAUUUCCCAAAGAGCUUUACAAAACAAAACUUAACAAAAAAAGUUCAAAGAACAUCUUUGUUGAUUCCACCUCUGAAACACCUCAAUCAAAACACAAACAUUGAUUCAGUUCUGCCAAGUAUAUAUAAAUAAUUCACUAUUAUGCUUUAAAAAAUCUGAAAAGUGUUGGAAUCAAUAUCAUUAUACAAAUUCUGAAAUUUAAAUAAUAAAAUAACAUAUUUAGGCAUUAUCUAAUAUUUGUAAACACACACAUGACUAUAUAGAUAAACAAAAAAUCCAUAUUAAUGAUAAAACCUAUUAUUAAAAAAAUACUUCUAAAACGUGUACUCAAAAAAUA